UACCUUGUCCUUUUGAUUGAUCAUUUUUUUAUAUUCCCAAACUCAUCCACUUUCUUUCCCACUUCUGGACUCUCUCUCUCUAGUUCUCAAACAUUAAACACCCAAUCCUUUUUACAUUAUUGUUACUUGUUAAGUUUGAUAAUAUCGAAACUUUGGUACAUAAUACGACAUUCUCAUUUGUCACCUCCUAAUUAGAAAAAAAAACAGCUUUUUCAAAGUCAAAAUCUUUUCUUUAUCGUUAAAAAAAGAAAGGGAAUGAAUGCUGCUUUUAAUCAUGAAUCAGUUGAUUCCCCUGAUUAUAUUGAGGUUGAUCCCACUGGAAGAUAUGGAAGAUAUAAUGAAAUUCUUGGCAAAGGGUCCUCUAAAAUUGUGUACAGAGGCUUUGAUGAAUUUGAUGGAAUUGAAGUGGCUUGGAAUCAAGUUAAGCUUACUGAUUUUCUGCAAAGACCUGAAGAUCUUGAAAGGCUUUAUAGUGAAAUUCACCUGCUUAAAACUUUGAAACAUAAGAAUAUUAUGAAAUUCUAUACUUCUUGGGUUGACAUUACUAACAGGAACAUCAAUUUUGUCACUGAAAUGUUCACCUCUGGUACUCUCAGACAGUAUAGGCUGAAGCAUAAAAAGGUGAACAUUAGAGCAGUAAAACAUUGGUGUAGGCAGAUUUUGGAAGGACUUUUGUAUCUCCAUAGUCAUGACCCUCCAGUGAUACAUAGAGAUCUCAAAUGUGAUAACAUUUUCAUUAAUGGAAACCAAGGGGAAGUCAAGAUUGGAGAUCUUGGCUUAGCUGCCAUACUCCGGAAAUCUCAUGCCGCCCGUUGUGUUGGUACGCCCGAAUUCAUGGCUCCAGAGGUUUAUGCUGAGCAAUACAAUGAAUUAGUUGAUAUUUACUCAUUUGGGAUGUGUGUACUCGAAAUGGUUACCUUUGAAUAUCCUUACAGUGAAUGCACACACCCUGCUCAAAUCUACAAGAAAGUAGUUUCUGGCAAAAAGCCAGAUGCUCUUUACAAAGUGAAGGAUCCAGAAGUGCGCACCUUUGUUGAAAAAUGCUUGGCAACUGUGUCUGAUAGAUUUUCUGCUAAGGAGCUUCUAGAGGAUCCUUUUUUGCAAUAUGAUGAUGAAGGAUAUGAUCUAAGGCCAAGUGAUCAUGAUAAUGAUUAUAGAAAAUUAAGUCAGGUGCUGCCAUUACCUUGCCAGAAUGAGAACUCUUUGGUGAGUAGUAGUAGCUGUGACUAUGCUGGUUACGAACCAGAUCAUGAGCACGAGUACCAAACUCUAGAGUUGGCAGCCAAUGAAGUUCAGCUAUUUAAUUUUCUUGAGGAUGACAAUAUGACAGAUAUGGACAUCGCCAUCAAGGGAAAAAAAAGAACAAAUGGUGAUAUCUUCUUAAGACUCAGAAUCACAGAUAGAGAAGGGCGAGUACGAAAUAUCUACUUCCCUUUUGACGUUGAGAUUGACACUGCUAUGAGCGUUACAACGGAAAUGGUUUCUGAACUAAGUAUUAAGGAGGAAGACGUGAAGAGAAUAGCAGAUAUGAUAGAUUGUGAGAUUGCUUCUUUAGUCCCUGAUUGGAAGAAGCAUUGGUAUGAAGAAGAAGAAGAAGAAGAAGAAGAAGAAGAAGAAGAAGAAGAAGAAGCAGAAGAAAAAGAAGAAGAAGAAGAAGAAAAAGAAGAAGAAGAAGAAGAAGAGGAAGAAGAAGCCGAGUGCGCAACCAUAAACAAUGAUAAAGAUUGUGUUAUUGAGCGUUUUUCUUUAGCGGAUUAUCUUUCUUUUGGCAGCCCCAAGCUCCGCAAUGUCCAACUCCUUCGUUGCUCCAGUCAUGGUUCAACUUCUAUGCGUGGACGUUUCGAGGAGAUAACUUACCCAUCUGAGGUGGAUGGGGCAGAACCUGGUAUGCUAUUAGAUACAGAUGCAUAUCCUCCUCCUCCUCCUCCUCCUCAUCAUCAUCAUCAUCGCCGACCUAGCUUAAAUUUCCACCUUGGUGAACCCUUUGAAUCUCAAGAUGAAUCAAGUUUUGAGAAUGAGACGAGGACCACCAAAAAUUAUAUUCCAACCCAAACACCAUAUACCUCCCCUGCUGGCUCCAUUGUAGAUGAUAGGGAGUAUGAGAAUGAGGCAAGGAAGGAGUUGAGGUGGCUGAAGGCCAAGUACGAAAUGCAACUGAAAGAACUGAAAGAUGAACCCUUAAGUGUAGAUAUGAAGGCACGGUUCUUAGUUGCAGAAAAGGUAUACAAAGGUCUGAAGAGGAAUAAGAAGGUUUCCGUUCAUCCUCUGGAAAGAGGAUUAGAUGAGAAGGAUCUGAAAUUUGUGCUGGAAAAGCAUUUUUCGCCUCAAUUUGCUUCAACCCCUAGUAGGAGGAAGUUCAUUGAUUUCACUAAUUUUCCCACUCGAAAAUUGCAGAGUGAGUCUUGCAGCCCGGAGAAUAUAAUCACUGCCAAAAGUUUUUACACAGGAGCCGUGCUUCCACAUUCUCUUCAAAGAACAACUUCUUUACCUGUUGAUGCUAUAGAAUUUUAAGCCAACUAUCAGAGUAACUUAUUUUUCCUUGUUAUUUUCCAUUCAAUAUUGUCAAUAUUUUCCAUGAGUAAACAUUUAAAAGUACAGGCAAUUUUCCCCCUCAUUGAGAGAAAUAUAUUCAAUGUUGUAAAUUGUGAAUAUGUGAUAAUCAGUUAUGGGCAUUCUCUUUGGACCCGUGUUAGCUUUCUGA